AUGGACACCUACGCGGACAUUCUCGAGGACCUGGGCGACCGGAAUGCGCCCGCCAGUGCCGCCGACUUUCGCACCAUUGCCAUCUACUACGAGCAGCAGCAGCAGGACGGAGGAAGUUCAAAAGGCCAGCACCUCCUUAAGGCGGGCAAGUUUUACGUGCUUGCAAAACUGUACAAAAAGGGCGUCAAACUGUUGCUGCAGGCGGCGGCCGCAGCUUCCGCUUCACCGGAAGAGGAAGCGGACGCCCUGGAGCUGGCCAUUGAGGCGGCGGCCGCUGCGAGAGAUGAGCAGAUUACCCGACUGGUAUUAGACUUUCUCAUGGGAGAAAGUGACAUUGGUAAUGGAGGUAAUGGAGGCAACGGAAGUAACGGAGGAGGAGGCGUGGGGGACGGCCUUCCGAAGGACUUCAAGUACCUCUUCAAGCUGUACAUGAAGAUGGAGUACUACAAGGAGGCGGCCAAGACGGCGGUCAUCAUCAGCCGGGAGGAGCAGGCGCAGGGCAACUACCGAAACGCCCACCAGCUGCUUUUUGGCAUGUGCUCAGAGCUGAGGCGGCACGGCAUUGCCAUUCCCCCGGAGAUGACCGACGGACUGCUGCUGGUGCACAGUUAUAUGCUGGCAAAGCUGUGGAUCAGAGCCGGCAACCACAAAAAUAGCGUCAAGCUGCUGCUGCGAGUGGGUGAUAAUAUUGGCCAGUUUCCGGCUCACGCCACCCAAAUCCUCACCACUCUGGUGAUCGAGUGCCAGCGGGCGGGCUACCCGAAGACGGCCCUCAAGUACGCCCAGCUGCUGAUGAAGCCGGAGAGUCGGGAGAAGGUGGACGCCAAGUUCCGCCGCAAGAUUGAGACGCUGGUGCGCAAGUCGGCCGGCGUGGUGGUCACCCCGGAGGAGCUGGACAAGGAG